AUGACAGACUAUUACAGUUGUACUAAACUAAACGUCUUUUUUUCACACUCCCUCACUCACAAACCCAUCACAAUCACAAUCACAAUCACAAUCACAAUAACAAUCAUCACCCUCUCUUCUUUCCUUUCUUUCUUUCUUUCUUCCCAUGGAUAUCCAACAACAACUGUUGAAGUUCAGGUACCACAUCGGAGGGGCACUCCUCGUGUCCCUUUCGAUCUUCUCAGUGCUUUUUCUCGCUCCGAGGUUCCUCAACAUCCUCGCCUAUUUCUGGCCACUGUUCCUCUCCACCGCGCUUUUUCUCGCCCUCGUUCUCUUCUUCGCCAAGACGCAAACUUCGCCCAACUCCGACGCUUCCAUUCCCAAACCCGCCGAGGAGCUCCUCGACUUCGUCGCCGGCCACCAUCACAACCCGCCACUCGACGCCCACAAGUCCGAUUAGAGACCCCAUUCAGAGAGAGAAUGUCUGUCUAUGUGAUUAUUGUGAAGAGAAGAUGGUGUUAGCAUAGCAUAGCAUAGGCCAGAGUAGAUCACAGAUAUCAUGUAACUGAGGAUGCUGCUCAACUAUAGAUAAAGGGAUUAAAAGACUAAAAUUAGUAUAUCAUAGCCAGCACAGUUGUGUUGUGGACUUUUUUUACCUUUCUUUAUAAUGGCCAUAAAUGCUGCUCAACCAUGAAUGGUAAAAGUACAUAUUUUCUCUCUUAUUCUCCUGCCUGUAGGGUUGUUCUAACUUCAAUCUAAUAAAUUGGUAGGUUUUUUGGAUUUACUCAA